GAUUUCGGGCACAAGAUGGAGGUAAACAGCGUCAGCAGUGAGGUCAAUGGACAUCAGAUCAUGGACGAGCCGAUGGAGGAAGGAGAGUCUUACACUCACUGUGACGAGGGGGCAUAUAAGGAGAUUCCGAUCACUCACCAUGUGAAGGAGGGCUGCGAGAAAGCGGAUCCGUCUCAGUUUGAGUUGCUGAAAGUCCUUGGUCAGGGCUCUUUUGGAAAGGUAUUUCUUGUUAGGAAGAUUUUAGGUCCAGAUGCUGGUCAGUUAUAUGCAAUGAAAGUUCUUAAGAAGGCAUCUUUGAAAGUCAGGGACAGAGUUCGCACUAAAAUGGAGAGAGACAUUUUAGUGGAGGUCAAUCAUCCCUUCAUAGUGAAAUUGCACUACGCCUUUCAGACGGAAGGAAAACUGUAUUUAAUUCUGGAUUUUCUCAGGGGAGGGGAUGUAUUCACACGCUUAUCCAAAGAGGUUAUGUUUACAGAGGAAGAUGUGAAAUUCUACCUUGCAGAGCUGGCCCUGGCCCUCGACCAUCUGCACAACUUGGGCAUAGUUUACAGAGACCUCAAGCCAGAGAACAUCUUACUUGAUGAAGCUGGACAUAUAAAAUUAACAGACUUUGGCCUGAGCAAAGAGUCGGUAGACGCUGAUAAGAAGGCGUAUUCCUUCUGUGGUACGGUGGAGUAUAUGGCCCCUGAGGUGGUCAACAGGAGAGGACACACGCAGAGUGCUGACUGGUGGUCUUUAGGAGUACUAAUGUUUGAAAUGCUGACGGGGACGUUACCAUUCCAGGGGAAGGACCGCAACGAAACCAUGAAUAUGAUCCUCAAAGCGAAGUUGGGAAUGCCACAGUUCUUAAGUCUGGAAGCCCAGAGUUUGCUGAGAAUGCUUUUUAAACGUAACCCUGCGAACAGAUUAGGUGCCGGACCAGACGGAGUGGAAGAGAUCAAACGCCAUGCUUUCUUUUCCACCAUCGACUGGAAUAAACUUUACAGGAGAGAACUGCAACCCCCGUUCAAGCCUGCGGCAGGGAAACCGGAUGACACUUUCUGCUUCGACCCAGAGUUCACUGCGAAAACACCUAAAGACUCUCCUGGUAUCCCGCCGAGCGCCAACGCCCACCAACUUUUUAAAGGCUUCAGCUUUGUCGCUCCGACGCCGAUGGACGAGAACAAGAGCUCACCGCUGCUCAGUAUACUUCCAAUAGUUCAGAUGCACGGUGGUUCUGCCAAGUUCUCAGACUUGUACGAGCUUCAGGAGGACAUUGGCGUCGGCUCAUAUUCUAUCUGUAAACGCUGCGUACACAGAGUCUCUGGGAUGGACUACGCUGUUAAGAUUAUUGACAAAAGUAAGCGAGAUCCCUCCGAAGAGAUUGAAAUCCUGAUGCGAUACGGGCAGCACCCCAACAUCAUCACCCUGAAAGACGUGUAUGACGAGGGCAGGUACGUGUACCUGGUGACGGAGCUGAUGAAAGGAGGAGAGUUGCUGGAUAAAAUCCUCAGGCAGAAGUUUUUCUCCGAGCGAGAGGCCAGUGCCGUGCUCUACACCAUCACCAAGACUGUCGACUACCUCCACUGCCAAGGGGUCGUGCACAGGGACCUGAAGCCCAGCAACAUCCUGUACAUGGACGACUCGGGAAAUCCGGACUCCAUCAGGAUCUGUGACUUUGGAUUCGCGAAGCAGCUUCGAGGGGGCAACGGUCUGCUCCUCACACCCUGUUACACCGCCAACUUCGUGGCACCCGAGGUACUAAUGAGACAAGGCUAUGAUGCUGCCUGUGACAUAUGGAGUCUGGGAGUUCUACUGUACACGAUGUUGGCAGGCUACACACCGUUCGCAAAUGGGCCCAACGACACACCAGAGGAGAUUCUGCUGCGAAUAGGCUCCGGGAAGUUCUCAUUGACAGGAGGAAACUGGGACACAGUGUCGGACACCUCGAAGGAACUGCUCUCUCACAUGCUGCACGUGGACCCGCACCAGAGAUACACAGCGGAGCAGGUUCUAAAGCAUUCCUGGAUCACCUGCAGAGACGCGCUGCCACACUUCCAGCUCACACGCCAUGACGCGCCGCACCUGGUCAAGGGAGCCAUGGCAGCAACCUACUCAGCUCUGAGCCAGAAGACCAGUCAGCCGGUGUUGGAGCCCGUGGCAGCGUCCAGUUUAGCCCAGAGGCGCAGCAUGAAGAAACUCACCUCAACAGACAUGUAGACUGCUCGGCCUCCGGUUGGGACCUCAGCUGGACUGUCAUAUGCAAACCCAGACAAAUGCACAGAUCCAAAUAGCGGCCAGUCAGACCCACCGUCUGUCUCCCUCUUUUCUUUGACAUGCAGUUAUCACGACAGCCACACAAACACACUGGACUUCUGGGUGAGGACAAGCGGAGGAGGGGACGCACAUAUCUUUAACCGCCGGGGAGACGGACCUGUAUUUAUUUCCACAGCUUCCUUAUGCACUCGCCCUCCGCGCCUUUCAUUCUCUCUUCCACGAGAAGAACCGCACCAGCUGAUGUUCUCCUUCACUGUGACUGGCUGAUGCAAAGCUGCUUCGGUUAACUGUGCCCGCCCCCCCACUGCUCUUCAUCUUCACCCACUCCACCUCAGUCCUCUUUUGCUUUCCUCUUCCGCCCGCCGACACUUACCAGCAUUUUUGGAGACAUAAAUGCAUGUGUGGACUGAAGCCGCAAACGUCUGCCUCCUGUUACGACUUCAACGUGGUCAAAAGAGCUGCAGAACAUGAAAAAAAGAUAGUGUUUUGUCUUAGAGGAUAUUAAGAGUAUCUGUCCGCUGUAAGAAAAAAAAGUACAAAUGAGAGAUGAAGAGCAUGUGGGGGAGCUGUGGGGAUUCCUCUGGGACUCGUCUGCAACCCGAGAUGCUGAACUAAAAACACAAGGAAAAACACAUUUCCAUGGAUAACUACGAAAAGACAUUGUGGAAAUUGUAUGAUAUUGUAUUUAUUUCAUUUGAUUUUUAAGAUUCUAUUUUUUUUUCCAAGUUGUGUAUAUAUGGACAUUAAAGAUCAUUAUU